AGUGGCCAACAGACGCUCGCCGACCGUCGUUCCGUCAAGGUCUGUUUUUUAAUAAUAUUUCCCACACACAACCAACCGAAACCCAAAGAGUUUCUUUCGAAUCUGGAAAAAUGGUGUCAAGUGUAAAGCUUUUCCUGGGUCUUACCAUUUUGGCCACUCUGGCCUGCACCGGCUAUGCCAUCAAGUGCUAUCAGUGUGAUUCCUUUACGACUCCCCAGUGCGGCGAGAAGUUCGAGGCUGACGAGAAAUUGCUGUUCGAUUGCUCCAGGAUUGCCCCGCCGCGGUUUCUCCAGAGCUUCUUCCCCGUCCGCAAUGCCACGGGAUGCAUGAGGAAGGUCAUCGAGACGGGAAUCGGCAAGAACCAGGUGGUGAGGAGCUGCUACUUUGGAGAUAUUAGCAACACACAGGUUGGCUGCCAGGCCGAUCCUUCCUUGCCAUUCGCCAAGCAGCUUAGCUGCGAAGCCUGCCCCAAGGACGAGUGCAACGGAUCUGCAUCCAUUGCUCCCAUCGCCGGCGCUAUCCUGCUCUUCUUCGGUGUGGCCCGAAUCCUGGCCUAAAGAUGAAUUGUGGUCGAGUAACCCAUCUACCCCAUCCAUAUCUUAGAUGUUGUGAGCAUGCUACGAUAAGAAUCCCCUUAAGGAUACGCUUAAAUCACUUUUUGAAUCUCUGUUAAUUGUUAUACACCUUUCGCUUCAGCAAUAAAUAUGUGAAUUUCAGUUUUUUCUAUCACCCAAA